CACCAUCUCUUUGUAAUUUGCACAUUUCUGGGCAGUCUCUCCUCUCUUGCGGCCACAGAUUCCCACACCAAUUUUAGACAUGAAAACAGUAGGGUGGUGACCGGUCUCUGACAAGGGCAACCAACCAACUUUUACGAGUCUAUUGAGGACAAUGAUUUUUUAUUGUUAAUUAAUUACUUUUAAGGUUUAGGGGUUUAGAGAGAAAAGAGCGAGACUUCAAAGAGAAACCAAAAAAUGGGAGAGACAUUCGCUUACAAGGAAUACUUAGCCGGUUUACUUGCUGGUGUUGCUACUGUUAUCACUGGCCACCCUUUUGACACUGUCAAGGUGAUGCUACAGAAACAUAAUACAGAAGCACAUGGGAUUAAGUACAAGAAUGGUUUGCAUUGCACGGCUAGGAUACUACAGGCUGAAGGAGUUAAAGGACUGUAUAGAGGGGCAACAUCAUCUUUUGUUGGAGUGGCUUUUGAGAGUUCCCUUCUUUUUGGCAUUUAUUCCCAAACAAAGCAGUCAUUGCAGGGAGGAGGUCAAAGUGAUGUGCCCCGACCCCAAGUAAUAAUUCCAUCAGCAGCUUAUGGCGGAGCUAUUAUUAGUUUUGUAUUAUGCCCAUCAGAGCUAGUAAAAUGUAGGAUGCAAAUUCAAGGCACUGACUCCUUGGUUCCAAAGUUCAGUAGAUACAGUAGCCCACUCGAUUGUGCCCUCCAAACAGUGAAAAAUGAAGGGGUUACAGGCAUUUUUCGUGGAGGUUUUACAACAUUGUUGAGAGAAUCUAUUGGAAAUGCUGUCUUCUUUAGUGUUUAUGAGUAUGUCCGUUAUUACAUGCAUUUACAAUUGAAACCCACUUUAUCUGACCACAGCAAUUUGACUGACAUGGGGAUCGGAAUUGUGAGCGGUGGCCUUAGUGGCGUAGCUUUUUGGUCUGCUGUUUUGCCCUUGGAUGUGGCGAAAACUAUCAUCCAGACAGCUCUAGAUAAAAGCUCCACAAGAAAUCCAUUUGCAGUUCUGAAUUCUAUCUACAUCAGGGCUGGACUUAAAGGAUGCUAUACAGGUUUGGGUCCAACAAUAGUGAGAGCAUUUCCUGCUAAUGCCGCUGCAAUAGUCACCUGGGAGCUAGCCAUGAAAAUGCUAGGGAUAAAUCGUGACUAGAAGAGGCAGUUAGCUACCAAGGAUUUCUAAUUUUUCAUUGCAUCACCAUUAUUGGGUUUGACUCAUGAAGUUCUCUAGAUUGCACCGGGGAUGAUUUAAUUGAAUCUUUGAGCUCCAAAUAGUAACGAUCAGUGCUCUGAUAUUGCUGCCUGAAAGAUAAGGUGGUGAUUUUUUUUUUUCCUUACAGAUUCUAUGUAGGAAGGUCGUGAAUUAAUCCUGUCCUCAGUUUGGAAAUGCUUAUGCAAGUCAUGUUCUAGGAUGUAGUCCUCUGGUCACAU